GGAGCCGCUCGCUAUUGGCUCCGCCGAGCUCCCGGCGGGCAUUGCGGCGGAGCGCGGGAGCGGUGGCGGGAUCCAGCUGAGGGGAUGGGAAUCCAUGGCCUGGCCAAGCUUAUUGCCGAUGUGGCUCCUGGCGCCAUCCGGGAGAAUGACAUCAAGUCUUACUUUGGCCGGAAGGUCGCUAUAGAUGCCUCCAUGAGCAUCUACCAGUUCCUGAUCGCCGUGCGGCAGGGAGCUGAAGUCCUUCAGAAUGAGGAGGGCGAGACCACAAGCCACCUGAUGGGCAUGUUCUACCGGACCAUCCGCAUGGUGGAGAACGGCAUCAAGCCGGUUUACGUCUUUGACGGCAAGCCCCCGCAGCUGAAAUCGGGGGAGCUGGCAAAGCGGACUGAGCGCCGGGCUGAGGCCGAGAAACACCUGCAGGAGGCUCAGGAGGCCGGAGAGGAGACCAACAUUGAGAAGUACAGUAAGAGGCUGGUCAAGGUGACCCAGCAGCACACCGAUGAGUGCAAGAAGUUACUAACACUGAUGGGCAUCCCCUACGUGGAGGCACCAGGGGAGGCCGAAGCCAGCUGCGCUACCUUGGUGAAGGCUGGGAAGGUCUACGCAGCCGCUACGGAAGAUAUGGAUUGCCUGACCUUUGGCAGUCCCGUCCUGAUGCGGCACCUUACUGCCAGCGAGACAAAGAAGCUGCCCAUCCAGGAGUUUCACCUGAACCGUAUUCUGCAGGAUCUAGACCUGACCUGGGAACAGUUUGUGGAUCUGUGUAUCCUCCUGGGCUGUGACUACUGCGAGAGCAUCCGUGGCAUUGGGCCCAAGCGUGCUGUUGAGCUCAUCAAGGAGCACAAAACCAUUGAGAAGAUCAUUCAGCAGAUAGACACCAAGAAGUACCCUCUGCCUGAGAACUGGUUGCACAAAGAGGCCCAGAAGCUUUUUCUAGAGCCUGAUGUGGUCAACCCCGACACUGUUGAGCUGAAGUGGACCGAGCCGAAUGAAGAGCAGCUCGUCCAGUUCAUGUGCGGGGAGAAGCAGUUCAAUGAGGAGCGGAUCCGCAACGGGGUCAAGAGGCUGAGCAAAAGCCGGCAGGGCAGCACGCAGGGCCGGCUGGAUGACUUCUUCAAGGUGACGGGCUCUAUCACAUCAGCCAAACGCAAAGAGCCGGAGACCAAGGGGUCAGCAAAGAAGAAAGCCAAGACCAACAACGCCGCAGCUGCAAAGACCAAAAAGGGAAAAUAGCCAGACUGUCCCACCACAAACCCCUGUGAUGGGGUUUUAUGCUCAACCAGGAAUUUUAGGCUAAUAACAAAUGGUUGUCUUUCUGUCCUGCGUGUUAGUGCUAGGAAGGAUGCUGCUAAAGUGCUUCCCAACAAGGCUAGGUUAGUGAAUCGAAUAAGCAUCUUCCUGCGCAGCAGUAGUAACAUAUGAGGCUAGGAGAGAGCUGAAACCACCACAGCAUGGGGGGGUUGGAGGGGUGAGGAACCAGGGAGUUGUAUUCAGCAGCAGCGUUCAUCGGUUUGAGACUUUUGAUGAGGAGACAACAGGAGGUGAUAGCCAGGCUGUGGAGUUAAAGGGAGGCACUGAUCACAAACACCCUCUCUGAUUUAAGAAAUAAAAAGUUGAACAGCUAGCGAGCAAGAACUGGGUACAAAUAAUAAAGAGAGAUUUCUGCCUGACACAAUCCAUCCAAAAAGAGGGACGUGCAAGCAGCAGGGGCUGAAGGAAAAACUGGGGAGAUGUGAAUGGAUGGCACGCUGGAGUUGGGAAGAAGACUUGAAAUAACGAGGUAAACCUCCCUUGAACAAGGGUUCGGUAAUGGUUCUUCCUUCCCUUAUUGCAGUCACUUUUCUUUGUUUAAAAAAAAAUAAAAAAAUUGUAAUCCCAAUUCCAGCAAAGUUCUGGCCUGCUCAUAGUGCAUAAACUGAGGACAAGCUGAGCUGAGACUGCAGCUCUCCAAGCCUGAAUUUUGCUGCUAGGUUCUGUUUUGUGUUUAAAAUGAAAAAUGUCAAUAAACCUAGAAUGCAGUCCUGUUCACUCCCUGAUUUCAUGAGGCAUCCUUCCGUGUUGUACACACAGAGACAGGUCCUAGACUAAGAAGAAAAAAGAUAGUCCCUCUUUUUUUUUUUUAUUUUAUUCUGUAUUUUGCAUAGUCUUUUCCUUUUACUUGUCAAAGCUAUGUGCUGGGUUUUGUUUUCAGAAUAAAAUUUAUACACAAAUACAAUGUUUCUCAUUCUCUGGAGGGAUGGCUUAAGCCUUGUUGCUAAGGGCUGCACAGGUGAAGAAAAAUACCAGUUUUUAGAGGGAAACCUCUUUAGUGACAACAGCCAACAAAUCAAGCACAGGCCUGAAUACAGAAAAUUCAAGUGUUAAUUCUGAUGUUAACAGUAGCUUUUCAAUGCUUUGUAGACAUUGAAGAUCUGUGGGUCAACUCUGCCAAGUUAUAAAAUAAGAAGCUGGGCUUGUUUUAUGGAGAAUUCCAUGAACAUUGCUAAAAUAAUCCUGAUUUUUAAGCCAUCUCAGAAGUUUUCUUAAACAUAGUGUAAACAACAGCAGCGGGUGCUGCACAGGGAGCUUCCCGAGUUGGAUGACCUGCCUGGCUGCAACUUGCUGUGCGUGUGGGAAGGGGCACCCGGAGCAGAGCACCCAAAGUUUACACGUCUGCUUCUCUGAUCUGGUGGUUUUCACAGGGUCUCUGCUUAACUGUAAUUCCAAGCUCCAAGCUGGAGAUAUUUUGCCAAGAGGAAGCCUUAGUGCUUCAAACGAGGGCAGCUCUAGCUGGUGUGCUUUGGGAUGGACAGCUCCGCUCUCCACAAGUGUCAAUGUGCCUGUCACUUCUCCCAUCACAUUACUUGCAGAAUCUGCACCCAGAAAGCCAGAAAAGUGCUGCAGGGAAAAAUCAGAUUUUAAAAUCAACACAAGGGGUGAUGUUUUAUCACCUAUUCUGCAUAGUUAUGUAUUUAAUAAGGCUUCUAUCUGCAAGUAUUUGUGCUUCCAACCCUGAAUCCUUGUUACCUCUUGUGGCUCAGUGACAAGCUUUUUUCCUUCAGCUGGAAAAACCUGCUCAGACAGUUUAAGCAACUUCUAAACAGCCUCUCACUGGUUUUUCUUUUCUAAUGGAGAAGUGGAGCCCAGUCUAAGUUCUUAGUGCAGUUUUCCCAGGAGGCUUUAAGGGACAGCCUUGCUGGGCAGGUUAGUUUGAAAGCCUGGCUCUUCUGGGAUUAUUUUAGUGUCCGCCGCAUCCUGCUUCCUCCGUCCUUCCUCUUCCUCUCCUGCCUUCCUCCUCCCAUGUACCCUCCACCCCCAUUACCUUCCAUCCAGAUUUACUUGGUCACCAGGGUAAGUUAUCCCUACACUGUUAUAAUACAUAGUAGGCCAUACUAGUGAUACAAUAGAUAUGAUUUAUAGUAGGCUAUGUUGUAUAUUGUAGGAUAUAUAGUAGGCUAUACAGUAUUACAGUACACAGUAGACUACUAUAUGAGUUUUAAAUGAUGAAGAUACUUAUCAUUUGAAAUGUGUUUAUUAUGUGUAGAAAGCUAUCAGUGAAAAUUGAUUGAAAUGUGUUUUCCUGUGGUGUUGCUGAGAUCUGUUACCCUUAACUGAUACUCACCUGGUAGUUAUAGUGGUUCAGACAUUUUAUCUACCUGGAUUUCAUUACUUAAUUAUGUUACUUCAUUUCAAAAUGCAGUAAAGACAAAGAACUGGGA